AUGGCUUCAGUAGCACCAGAUGAAAUAACUAAAAUAAAACAAAUAAUUUCACAUCAUCUAUCACAAUCAGAUAUUAAUAAUGCAAUUCGUGAUGUUCUUGCUGAUUAUGCUCAACGACAUCCGAAUUCAGGUCCAAUUAGUCGAGAUGCUUUAAUACGUGAAUUAAGAAAUCGUGGUAUUGUUGAUUCUAUGAUGCAAAAUAUUCAAUUUGGUACUCAACAACCAUCUCCUAGACAACGUCAAUCACUUGUACCAUCAAAACCAACUGUAAAUACGGUUGAUACUGAUCAAUUAGUUUCUGUACCAUUAGAACAAGUUAAUUUUGAUGCAAAUAGACGACAUCUUUAUUUACAAUUUCUUAAUGGAAAAGCUUUUACUGAUUAUCUUAAUGAACCACAAACUGAAGGCUAUCCAGGCUAUGCUUCAUCAUCAUUAGUAUCAUCAUUUAGUAUAUCAAUUUUAUUUCGUAAUCAACGUUUUCGUACAAGACCUUUUGCAUGUGCUGGUGAACCAUACGUUAAUCAGGGAUUUUUACUUGAACUACAUAAAGACAAAGUACAAGGUAAAACAUUUCGCUUGAAACAUAUACUAAGUAAUUAUUACUAAUAAAACAUAUUUGUUAACACUGCAAGAAAAUUUACCUAUAGAGAAUAAAUUUGUACAAUUCAUGUAGUUAGAAUAUGAAUGAUAAUAAAUACAAAACGUUAUGAAAACAUAUUUGAUAGAUGCGAUCAUAUCUAUAAAAAAUAAUGAAAUCUAUAAUACACAUUAGGAUAUUCCUAUAACAGGUGUUCCAAUAUGAAUGCAGAAGUACAUUGCAAAUGAUAUUUUUUGAAAGAAGGAUUGCAUUUCUGGUGUCAUCGUUAGUAUCCAGCGUGAUCAAGGUUUUUGGUCAUGGGUCGUGAUUGUGAAUUACGAAAAUUAGUUUAAGAUUGUUAGGACCUCUUUACGUAAACUAUAUGUAUUAUUGAUGAAGAUCCAAUAUAUCGAUCCUAUGAAUAAAAGCAACGAGAAGGUGUUGAAACGAAAGAAAAGAAAAGAAAAGUUAUCUAAUCAAGCGAAUUAUGGACAACUCAGAUGCAAUUCUAAAGAUGUUGUCAAAGAGAAAUCUAAUGUCAUUACUUUCCAGCAAGAUUAUUCCUGUUAAUCUCUCGAAACAAAACGAGAAUGAUCAUAUUUUAGCAUUGUUAUUAUUCAAAAUGGUAAAUCAGAAUUUUGUCAGCUGAUUUUUGACCAUUUAUCCAAUUUCUGCAAGACUUUUGACUUAUAAAAAGAUUGCCAAAAAAACUGGCAGAAAAUUAGACAAAUUGUUGAAAUUCAGAUGACAAAAUCCCAUAGAAUCUUCAAAAUAUAAACUAUGAUUAUGCUAUGCCUGAUUUAUGUACGUCACUUAUUGCAUAAAAAAGUAGUUGCAGAUACUGAAUCUAUGCAAAAAAACGAGAUUAUUUGUGUUUUGAAACAUCUAAUCAUUUAACAAAAAAGCAGGAUGUAUAACUAUUUUAAUGUCUGUGGCCAAAGUCUAAUUACGAUCAUGAGCUUUUAAGAAAAAUUAGUGACGAUGAUGACUGUAAUCGUGGAUCAUACUGGGCCCUAGUCAUUAUUCACUCGUAUCCUCAUACAGUGUUGUACUACCUAGCAAUACUGAGAAAAAGUACAUUUUCUCAUCAGAGAAAAAAUUCAGUUAGAAUAUACUUUUGCAUUCAUUGUGAAACACCAAUUAUAUGAGUAU